UGCCAACCAUGGCUCAUGCCUGGGUUGAUCCUGGCUCCUCAUGCCAGCCCUGGUGCCUCCAGGAGAGAUGAGCAUCCGAUGCUGCAGGACUGCCCCAAGGCCCGCAGGGAGGUGGAGCUGCACUGGCGGGCGUCGCAGUGCGCGCACAUCGUCCGCAUCAUGGACGUCUACGAGAACCUCUACCAGGGGAGGAAGUGUCUGCUCAUCGUCAUGGAGUGCCUGGAUGGUGGGGAGCUCUUCAGCCGCAUUCAAGACAGGGGAGACCAGGCCUUCACAGAACGGGAGGCUUCAGAGAUCAUGAAGAGCAUUGGGGAAGCCAUCCAGUACCUGCACUCGAUCAACAUCGCGCACCGGGACGUGAAGCCUGAAAACCUGUUGUACACCUCCAAAAGGCCCAAUGCUGUGCUAAAACUCACAGACUUUGGCUUUGCUAAAGAAACCACCACGCACAACUCCUUGGCCACUCCGUGCUACACGCCGUACUACGUGGCCCCGGAGGUGCUGGGCCCAGAGAAGUAUGACAAGUCCUGUGACAUGUGGUCCCUCGGUGUCAUCAUGUACAUUCUGCUGUGUGGGUACCCCCCCUUCUACUCCAACCACGGCCUGGCCAUCUCUCCUGGCAUGAAGAAGCGAAUCCGAAUGGGCCAGUACGAGUUUCCCAAUCCUGAAUGGUCCGAGGUGUCAGAGGAAGUGAAGCAGCUGAUCCGUAACUUGCUGAAGACGGACCCGACCCAGCGCAUGACGAUAACGGAGUUCAUGAACCACCCCUGGAUCAUGCAAUCCAUGCAGGUGCCCCAGACCCCGCUGCACACCAGCCGGGUGCUGAAAGAGGAGAAGGAUCUGUGGGAGGAUGUGAAGGUAAAAACUCUCUCCUUUGCUGUCUGCAAUGCUCUGCCCCCUGGUGUCCUCUGGGGACUGUCAUCUCCUGUCUUCUCACUGCAAAAAAGGCUCAUUCACCAGCCUUGGGAGUGCUCAGAAACUGUGUAGAUGUGGCACUUGGGGGCAUGGUUUAGUGGUGGA